GAAAGUAGACAAGAAGACCCUGUUUGGACCACAUCUCUAAUGCACCAAGUUCUACGCCACCGCUUGGGAACUCAUGCCAAUAAAUAUUUUUUUUUAAACAAUAACUCAUGGCAAAAAAUAUUGCAUUACCUACUAGCUCAUCCAAUUUUAACCCAUUCAUUAGGGCAUUCAUGAUAUACCUUUAAUAGUAAUGGGUUGUUUUCAUAGCUUUGUGAACGUCUACUGCUUAUCUCUCCUUCCUUUAAAAUAAAUAAUUGAGGAAAGAUAGAAAGAACUUGUCAAGUAUUAUAAAACAACUCAAGCUCAAUCAGGCGAGCAAAACAUAUCACAUUAAAUUGAGGGCAAGUUGUCUAGGUUUCAUAAUGCAAUAUUAUAUACUUAAAAAUAUCACAUUAAAUUGAGGGCAAGUUGUCUAGGUUUCAUAAUGCAAUAUUAUAUACUUAAAAAUAUCUGUAUAUAAGACCCUGUAAUUGCAUGGCAUGGGAAACAUAUCACCAUCAAACACAAUGCCUCAACUCUCUAGCUCAAGCCUUCCCCCCACCAUGGCCACCUUCUCAGUGACCAAAUCGGACCCGGUUUGGGUCCGGCCAGCUCGAGAUACGCCCUCCGGCGUGCUUGAGUUCUCGAGAAUUGAUAGCCAACCCGCUUUCCGAUUCUUGAUGAAAACCAUACAUGUUUAUAAGUAUGGUGAAGAGGCAGCAAAGAAGAUCAGGGAGGCCUUAGCUGAGCUCCUAGUGCCGUACUACCAGUUCUCCGGGAGAUUGACCGCGAGCGGUGAAGACGGACGCCUUAGAUUGCUUUGCACUGGAGAGGGUGCCGGUUUUGUUGAGGGUGUUGCAAAUUGCCGGCUUGAGGAUAUCAAUUAUCUUGAUAAAUUGGCAUUUGAAGAGCUAUAUCAUCUCAUUUAUGGUGACCCAAAGGAAAUUGACAUGACUCCUGUUGCUCUCAUUCAGGUCACUGAUUUCCAAUGCGGAGGCUUUGCGAUCGGUCUCCAACUGAGCCACUGCCUUGUCGAUGGAAUUGGCGGCGUCCAAUUCCUCUCGGCUCUAGCCGAAAUGGUUAAAGGAGCCGACUCCCCCUCUGUAGAGCCAGUUUGGAGCCGCCACUUACUUGGCUCAGCUCCACCAGCAGAGCCCAUCGACCCAAGCCGACCACCCCUAGUUUUCCCUGACUAUCGGCUCGAGCCAGUAUCCUUUGACAUCUCAACUCAAGCCAUAAGCCGCAUAAAACAAGCUUGCUUUGAAAAAACAGGUAUGGUUAUUGAAGGGCCAUUGUCCGCAUUAAACGUGUAGUAUAUAUAGUUCAAG